AUGAAUCCGCUGACUGCCUCAGUUUACACCGUUUCUGCAGAAUCCAAAGAUCCAAUCUAUGACGACAAUAGCAACCCUGUUGACGAUAACGGAUCGUCCUUCGACAAGUGCCAUGUACUAACUACUGACGAUCAAGAGUCUGCCGGCGCAUUCAAAAGCGGUCUUCGAACCGUACUAAUACGUGACAGAUCCCCUGUUACUGCAGACAGUUCAGAAGCAGCCGGUAGCGCUGCGGAUGAGCACGAUCACAAGACGAGCGGCACCCGCGAGAGCGAUCAUCGAGAUGACUCAGAAGACGAUGGUGUCUCUUCUAUCCCGUACGGCUUAGACGCGACAACAAAUUUCGCAGAUGAGGAUGACGACCCGCCCGCCUCUCUUCUGAACCUGGCGCCUCUUUGGUGUCCUCAGCCAGACUGGUCUUGGCCGGAACUUUUGCCAACGGCAACAGAGACUACAUCAGAUGACUCUCCUGUCGCUGAACAUGCUACAGCAGACCCCUCCCAAGUGUCAGAGGAGACUUCCGCGGAUAAGCCAUCAGGAGAUGCGGAUGCUACAACAGACGCAUCAGCUGAUACAGCAGGUUCGGUGACAGCAGUACCAGAUACUGUGCAAAAUCUAUCUCAGGUAGCGACAGUUGCUACAGCAGACUCACCAUCGACAGCGCCAGAUACCACGACUGGAGUGGCAUCCGUACCGACACCUGCUACAGCAAAUCCAACUUCGGCGGUAACAAUCACUACAGCACGCCUACCUCCAGCGGCGGCGGUUGUUCCGGCAACUCUGACUCCAGUGUUCGCCGUCACUGCCCUAAAUCGUACUCAAGCGCUAGCCAUCAAUGCAGCGACCCGGACUCAGGUAGCGACGGAAAGUCCAGCAAAGCCCACUCUCGGUGCAUGGCAUAAAUGGGUUGUCACCCUAUUUGCUGGCCGCAAACCAGUCCCGCGCAAGAAUAACGAGGUCAACAAUCUAUCACCGCCCGUCUCGAUCAUAUCCUGGACUAGAAACGAUCGCGACUCUGACGCAGCGCUUCCAUUGCCUUCCCAACCCCACCUUGAACUGACAUAUCUCAUACCUGCAACCUUCGACAAGAGGAUGAGGCUCCAAUAUCAUUCCAACAUCCAUCCCGCCCCCAACCAUGACUGUGUUGGCAAGGUCGCGAUCCAUGGAGACGCAUCCCCCACGAACAACGUACAGCGCGGCUUCGUUAUAGCAAACCGGCCUGCUUCAGCCCCAUCUCCACCACGCCGCGACAAUGACCAUUACAGCAGUCUGCUAGCUCGGGACGAUACUACCUGGGCGGAGUGGAAUAAGUUGAAUAUCACUGCAGACUCUAUGCCUUUCACACGGUCGCAGUCGGAUACCCAGCUGCUGCAUCCUCAGACUGGAGUGAAGAUGCCGCGGGCAAACGGUCACCUGACCAAGAGCCAGACUGGCCAUGCUUUCCUAGAAGAUGCCGGCCACCGGUAUCCGUUUGGUCAGGGACCGGGCUGGUAG